GCAAUGGUCUCUGUAAUCAUGAUGCUAGGUCGUGAAUACAAAAGGAUGUGUUCAUCAAGGCCUUCGCUCAGCUUUACAUUCAACUUGAAGCUUCUCGAGUCCAGUUCUCAGAGGAGUUAACAAACAGAACUGAGCAAAGCUGGAACCACAUACUAGUAGACGACGAUCAUCAGGGAUAAUGGACAAGGCGAAGGAUAUCGCCCAAAGGGUUCUUCACCCGCACAAGGAGGGAGCCGCCGGGGCGGAGCGGCACCCGCAGACCGGUCAGGCCGCUGCUGCUGCUGGCGGGGAGCGACACCCGCCGCCGCAGCCGGCCCAGGGUCAGGGACAAACCAGUACUACGUCCACGGGAGCGGCUAAGCCAGGAGGAGUCGGCGAGACAGGCCUAGAACGCGACCUCGAGCCCAAGCCCACAAAGGUGCACCUGCCGACUCCCGGCAGCGAAGCCGAGGGAACUGCACCAUACAUUCCCUCAGGCAAGCUCCGGGGUAAGCGGGCGCUGAUCACGGGCGGCGACUCGGGCAUCGGGCGGGCCGUGGCCAUCAUGUUUGCCAUGGAGGGCGCGAAGGUGGCCAUCGCCUACCUCCCCGCCGAGGAGGCUGAUGCGCAGCACACGCGCGCCCAGGUCGAGAAGAAUGGUGGCCAGGCGGUGUUGCUGGCGGGGGAUCUGAGUGCGAGCAGGAAUUGUGUGGAUGUGGUUGAGCGCGCGGUGGCGGGGUUGGGGGGCGGGAUUGAUGUCUUGGUGAAUAACGCGGCGUAUAGGGAGGAGAGGGGGGAUAUUGGGGAUAUUACCGAUGAGCAGUGGUACACCACCUUCCGCACCAACAUCGACUCGUACUUCCACAUCACCAAGGCCGCGCUCCGCCACAUGUCGCCGGGCGCGAGCAUCAUCAACAGCACCUCAGUGGACGCGUACAUUGGCGUGCCGACGCGGGUCGACUACGCGGCAAGCAAGGGUGCCGUCGUGGCCUUCACGCGGGCGCUAUCGAACCAGCUCGUCAAGCGCGGAAUCCGUGUUAAUGCCGUCGCUGCCGGCCCGACCUGGACCCCGAUGCUGGCUGUCACCACGAGCGGUGGCGGUGCAGGUGGUGAAGAAGGGGGCAAGGGAGGAGGAGGUGCUGGUGUCCAUCAUCGACUGGGUUAUCACACCCCCAUGGACCGUCUCGGUCAGCCAGCCGAGGUGGCGACUAGCUAUGUGUUUCUUGCGAGUGGAGAUGCGGCGUUUAUGAGUGGGCAGACGAUGCAUCCUAAUGGAGGUAUUGUGGUUAAUGGAUAGGGGGUUAAGGGGUUCGGCCGGUGGUGAUGAUGAUCAUGUCCCCCUGGGCUAUGAUGCCAUCCAUCCAUCAUGUAAUAUUUGCCCUCUAAGCAUUCCGGUGUUGCCCAGGAAAGAUUGGCAUGGGCAGUGUAAGUCUAGUCUACCAAUUCUUAUGGUCAGCGAAUCACCAAAGAAUUGAGAUUGAAAAUCGACAU